AUAUCAUAUCGUUAAUGCCUGGCAUUUGUUCCUUGUUGCGAGAUCAUCACAUAAGCAAGAACAUCCCAAAAAAAAAAGGAAAAAAUUUACCAAGGGUGUUGGGCUGCUGAGUGUGGCGGCUGCCGGUCUUGGGUUGCCCUCUUUUCCGGGGGCAAGGCUCCCCCUUUCUUUAUUCUUGUUGGUCUCCUCUUCUCGGGAAAAGAGAAGAUGCCCGAUGAUCACCAGAGCUCCGGGCUUGCUGACGCUGCCGCCACCACCGCCACCACCGCCGCCAGCGAACACCACCACUCGCCGCAAACUCCUCCUCCUCCUCCGCUCACUUCUCCAUCGCCAGAGCACAGCAACAACAACAACGGUGGUCAUGCACAAGCUCCCACAAGCUCGGAAGUCCACCACGCGCUCCUAGCCGCGGCCGCCGCCAGCGCCACCGCGCCGCCUCGCUCCUCGGAGAUGCUCAAUCUCCCCCGAGACUUCCUGUCCCUCCGCCCGCAAGAGCCGCCACCCCUCUCACACUCGCGGCUUGUUCCAAAGUUCGAGACCAAAGACGCGCCUUUGAUCACGGUACAAAUGGCGUCUCCUCCCCACAACUACAAAUGCACCUCGAUCACCACCACCACUAGCACGACUAGCACUGCCACUCCAGUCUUCUCGGCCGGUUACCCGCGAGCUCUAGCUUCUCACGAGGAGGUCUUGCGAGACAAGGAGCUCUUCCUCGACACGCUCCGGAGGCUCCACGGGAGCAUGGGAUUCAAGUCAUUGACGAUACCAACAAUUGGAGGAACUCAGCUGGAUUUGCACCUCUUGUACAGGGAAGUCACGGCCCGCGGAGGAUUGCACCAGGUGAUCAAGGAUAGGAUCUGGAAGGAAAUAAAAGCGGUGUUCCAUUUCCCACCGACGACCACCAAUGCGUCGUAUGUUCUUCGGAAGUAUUACUCGAGCCUUCUCCACCACUACGAGCAGGUCUACUUCUUCCGGAAUCAGGGAGCUGUCGUAUCUGCGCCCGGUCUUGUCUCUCCAGGCGAUGCAGAUGCUGCUGCUGAUCCAGGGAAUGCCACCACGAACUGUAUCGGUCAGACCGUGACAGGAUCAAUCGUUGGCAAGUUCGAGCAUGGCUACCUCGUCAGUGUCACCGUCGGCAGCGAGGCGCUCAAAGGCGUCCUGUACAACGUCCCACCCGGCGAGUACGUGCCACAGUUCACGACCACGUCCAAGCUCCCGACUUCCAACGGAGCUCAGCUGUCCGAGUGCGUGAAUGCUGAUGGAGAGCUCCGGCGCAAGAGGAGGAGGAGGCUGGGAUUGAGAAAAAAGGAUCCCAACGCUCCAAAGCUCAACCGGAGUGCCUACAACUUCUUCUUUGCGGAGCAGAGAGCACGGAUAAGGCUGUUGCAGCCCAACCGGGAGAUCAGCAGGAUGAUUGGAGAUUCGUGGAGCAAACUAACUGACGAGCAGCGACUGCCUUACAAAGAGCGUGGACUCGUGGACAAGGAGCGGUAUCGGAAAGAGAUAAAGCAGUACCGGGAGAAGAUGCGGGGAUUGAAGGACGUGGACAUGGAAGGCACGACUGAAGAAGCUCACGAGGAGGAGGACGUAAGCGAUGAUCCAGAGCAGGAGGUGGAGACGGAAGACAAUGGCGUUCCGGCUGACGAAGAGCAGCGUGAGACUCUCGAGUUUAAGUCCAUCCUCUCGGCUCAGGCCUCCUAACUCUUUAGCUCGUCACUCACUCACUCACCUCUUUAGUGUUGAUGAUCAUGUACAUUGCCUCACAUCUCUCACAAUUGUUGUCUAACAUGGAUAGAUCGAUUCGCAGCU